AGCUUCUCCCAAACGCUUCCGCCUUGCGAAAGUAAAAUGUAGUAGAUUUGAGUGUAGUUUCAAUUUCGAAGGACGUCGUUUCCUACCAAAUAAGUUACAUCGUCGAUAAAUUGAAUUAAAAGCAUUAAUGUGAAUUAGCGAAAAUGUUCCCUGGGAGUAAAGUUUCAAACGACAGCGGCUUUUGGCCAUGCAUUGGAAUAGCAGCUCUUAACGUCAACAACAGCUCGAGCGGGUUUAGUCGCAAGCCACUUGUAAUGCCAGAACUGAAAGCCCAGAACCAGUUCACAGGGAACGGUCUCCAAGGCUCGGUACCAUCCUCGCCUGAGACGGACUGCGAGGAAAUAGAUGAUUACACCUCCAUCUACGCCGCCCUGGAAAUGGACACGCGAGAGAUUAUUGACGCUUUCUUAAAAAGCUUUACAGGACUCUCUCAUUAUAAAAGUGGAAAAAAACAGGUUCUGUCUACGAUGAAGGGGGUUGUGGACAGUCUCGCGGUGAAGCACGAACUGGCUUACAAAGGUAUGAUUGCACGGCUGAAUCUGGAGCAGAAAGGAGAAGAUGUGAGGUUUGUCAAGACUGUGGCAACAGAACUCUUCAGCGAUGGCAUCACAAACUGGGGGCGCAUUUGCAGCCUGCUGACUUUUGGGGCAAUGGUAUGCAAGCAUCAAAAUGAUAGAGGACUUGGCAAGUGUGUGAGUCUGGUGGGGGAAGAGAUCUCUUCCUAUCUUCUCACAGACCAACGGGACUGGCUGCUCAAAAACAAAGCAUGGGAUGGCUUUGUGGAAUUUUUUCAUGUCCCGGAUACAGAGGCAGCUAUGAGAAGCACAUUGAUGGUCAUUGGUGGUGUGGCAACAUUCGGAGCUGCUCUUGCUUAUUUGAUACGGUGAAUCGAAAUGGACUUUGUGACAGAUAUUGAAAAACAAAAAGGACUCCAAGUUAACUUUUUUUUUUUUUUUUUCUUGGAAAC